UUUUGUUAAAUAAUAAAAACAAGAUAUAGAUUUAUCUGAUAUUUUUUCUAGAUAUUAAAACGAUUCUUAAAUUUCUUCUAAAUCAAUAAUUUAAUAAUAAUCUUUAAUAAAAUAAAAAAGUGCUUUAGAUUUAGAAUAUUUUAAAAAGAGAUAUUCUAAUAUUGAAAAUAUGGAAGUAGAAGACCCAGAAGAAAAAAAUGAAAAAUUAAAAAUAAAAAAAAACUAAAAUAAAAUGACCCCAGACACAUCUUUAGAAAAAAUUAAAUUCCUAGAAAAAUAAUAAUAAUUAAAAUAAAUUUCUGAAAAAAAAUUAAAAAAAUCUGAACAAAAUAAACCAAAUAAUUUCUUAUUAGAUAAAGUUAUAUAUGUAGAUGUAAAAACAAAUGAUGGUGAAAAUAUAUCAGAAUCUUUUUAUCCAAUACUAGAAAGCUUAGGAGCUUAAAUAAAGAAAAAAUUCUCAAAUAAAAUUAAUAUCAUGAUAUGGAAAGCUAAUUUAUAAUGGCUUGAAUAGUGUUAGGAAUAAAAAAAGUUUAUUGAAAUAAAAGACAAGUACAAAGUUAUAGUAUAAUCAAAGAAUUCGGAAAAAAGUUCUGAAAAAGAAAAGAUAUUGUUAAUUACAAUUGGGUAGUUGAUAAUUAAUUAAAAAAUUAUUUCUGACAAAUGGUUAUAUGAUUGUAUUAUGUUAUAAAAAAUACUUCCUACAGUGUCUUAUAAAAUAUACUGA